AAACACCCCACAGCCAUGUCCACCUCCUGGGAUAACGCCCGCCGACAUGCCAGGGCCCUCGAAACAGCCCUCGACUCCAAAUUAUCAGCCUACUCGAGGUUAGCAGCUUCCAUCGCACGCUCAUCUUCGGGACUCGGCGGCAGUGGGGGAGGAAGCAGAGACGAUAUCGACGAUGAGGGUAUUGGAGGAUAUAAGCUUGUAGAAGAAGAAGUAGAGGAGCUUCUACAAAAGCUGGAACAAGCGAUUGAGGACCUCAUGGCGCUCAUUAAUUCGCCCAGUCAACCACCUUCGGCUUCUAUGCAGCAUGCUGCUCAAACGCAUAGGGAUAAUCUGGACGAUUACAGAAGAGAUUUCAUCAGGACGAGGAGCAAUGUCGAGCAAUCCAUUCGGCGGUCAAACCUCCUGGGUGACGUGAGGAAAGACAUCAACGACUACAAGUCUGGGCGGUCCAGUGCCACAGACGCGCUCCUCCAAGAUCGCUCUCGAAUAGACUCCUCCCAUCGCAUGAUCGACGACACUUUGAACCAAGCGUACGCGACCCGCUCAGAUUUUGCCUCCCAGCGUACCCUACUCGGCUCCGUCGAAUCCCGCAUGGGAGGUGUCCUAAACCAGAUGCCAGGGAUCAAUUCGCUCAUUACGAUGAUCAAAACGAGAAGGAGAAGAGACACCAUCAUCAUAGGGUGCGUGGUUGCAGGUUGCGUGCUGUUGCUCUUGGGGUAUCUGUUUGGGUUCUAGAAAGGUUGUGAUGAGACUUGUUCCUCGAUGAGUUUAACCUCCCAUGUAUCAGUCGUGUGCAUCGUCAGUGCACUCGAUAUUGUCAAGCGCGCGGAGGGUAGUACAGAUAUCGAACUGAUGGAACGCAGGGUAUUCGUUGGGCACACUUGUAUGAUCAUGAAUUUUUGGGGGUUCUUGAAGCUGACGUAUGGUCAGCCUGUGGGCACAGCCGAGAGCAAACAUGGCAAUGUGACGCUUAUAUCACUCUAUGUCCUGUGCCCAGCACCUCGAGUGUACUGGUGCAGUAAUCCCCAAGCCACAAUAUCUUUGCAGCUCCGCACUAACCUCUACCACUUCCGCGUGCCGUCCGGUGUGACUUUUCGUGCUCGUGAAACUGAUGGAUGUACUAGUACGGCUUCUUCGCCGAAUGCUCCUUGCGUCGUCAUUGUUCCAAAAUUCAGAAUGUAGCUUACUAUCUCC